AUGCUUAAGUGCAAAGUUGGUGCACUUUUAUAUGAAGUUCGUCAGCAAGGAACGGGAGCUAUCAAUCCCAAAGAUUAUUUUAAAGAAAUGAAAGUAUUAGAUCCUACCUUUAUUACUGGUGUUCAACAAGAUUCCGAUGAAUUGCUGAAAAACUUGUAUCCUAAACUCAUUGAAGAUGGUGCCAGUUGCGCCAGAUGCAAACGACAUAUCGCACAAAGUUCAUCUAAUUCUUCUGAUAUACUUCAGAAUUUGUCUACUAUCGAUCGCGUAUUUGGAUUACAGUUAAACAGCGCGCUAAUAUGUGAAAAUUUGGCUACUGAAUACACUAUAGCAGUAGCUUUAUCGUCUAACACAAUCGUAGGAUGUUUAAAAAAUUAUUUCGGAAUGGUAGAAUUGGAAACUCCAGCUGUAUGUGAUCUAUGUCACGGAAGAAGUCUGAAGUGGAAAAAACUGUCGAUUUCAUAUUUACCAAAUAAUUUAAUAGUCACUCUGAAUCGUUUUGAUUUCGCAACAGAUAACAUACGUAAAAUUUUGUCAGAACGCAAAAUCGUCGAACAGAUCGACAUCAACGAAUAUGUUCAUCAUAGCAUAUCAACGACAGGAUCAAACAAGAUAUGUUAUAAUUUAUACGCUGUUAUUGUUCAUAAAGGGGUAAACUGUUAUCAGGGACAUUAUUACUCAUAUUUGAAAAAAUCUGACGAAAAAUGGAUAAAAAUUAGUGAUGCUGAUGUGCAGGAUGCAACGUUCAAAGAUAUUCAAAGUGAUAAUAAAGAUAUCUAUAUAUUAUGCUAUGAGAUUCAGUCAAAUAUUCACUCAGGUAUUAACGAUACAUAUUGUGUACUGUAA